AUGAAACUUUGUAUGUUCACACUUCUGUUUGUUUCUGGUUUUGUCGAUGAUAUUCUCUGCACUGAUUAUAGAAUUGUGCACACCCCGUCGGGGCCCAUUAGAGGAAUAGGUGUUCCGUAUGAAGGUGAAACAGUGUAUCAGUACAGAAAUAUCCCUUAUGCGAAACCACCAGUAGGAGAUCUAAGGCUGCAGAAACCGGUACCACACCAAAUAUGGACAGAUAUUUUCGAUGCAACAGUUUUUGGACCUUCAUGUCUUCAAGAUAAAGACCGUAUUAAAAAUCUAAUUCCUAAACUGCCAAAUCCCAACUUUUCUGAAGACUGUUUACAGCUUAACGUCUAUACACCGAGCACAGUACUACCACAAGACAGAAAGAGCGUCAUGAUAUGGGUUCAUGGGGGUGCCUUCUUAUUGGGACAAGCUUCAUAUUUUGAUUCAACACGUCUCGUAACUAGAGGGGAUGUAAUAAUUGUUACGCUGAAUUACCGUCUUGGAGCACUAGGCUUUCUCAGCACUAGCGACGAUGGAAUGCCUGGAAACUUUGGUCUUUGGGACCAGAGACUAGCAUUUCAAUGGGUGAAACAAAACAUUGCAUCUUUUGGUGGUGACCCCAACAGUAUUACAAUAUUUGGGCAAUCAGCGGGGGCUUUUAGUGUUGGCCUCCAUGCCAUGAUGCCUAUAAACAGAGGCUUAUUUACACGAGUAAUUUCCGAGAGUGGAGGACUGGACUCCAAAAUAGCAGUACGACAAGAUCCAAAACCCAUCACAUCAGAAUACGGUCGUGUAAUCAACUGUACGCAGGGGACAGACACGGAUACACUUGUACGGUGUCUGAGAGGGAAAACCUUCUAUGAAAUAAUAGAGGCACAAAAUAGUUUGAACUCUUCUUUUUAUGGAGGUGACUAUAAUCUUGAAUUUAUGCCAGUUAUUGAUGGCGUUCUGAUAAAAGAAAUGCCAGGCGCACUACUUUCAAAUUUCUCAUCAGAAGAAUACAAAUUCUUUAAAUCACUAGACAUCAUAUUCGGUACAUCAAGCAACGAUGGGGGGAUAGCAGCAACCAUUGUCGCUAAUCGUCUUCAAGAAAAGUAUCGAUUCAACACCACACUUGAGAUACCUACUGUCGUGCUACGUGACGAAAUUGCACCAAAACUUGCUGAACUAUUCUAUAAUAACAAUGAACAUGUGUCACGUGCUAUUUUUGACAUGUACAGCAGUACGGAUACUCUAGAGCAGAGUAAAAAUGUGUUGAAUUUGUUCACUGACUACACGUUUCUUUCAGCAACAGUAAGUGCGCUUAACUCUCACUCAGCAACUAGCAUCUCCCCAGGCAAAAACACAUUCCAGUAUAUUUUUUCAGGACAUGGAGCCAUCGCAGGGUCAUAUGUAUUACCAGUAUAUUUCACAGGAGCAUGGCAUGGAGCCGAAUUACCUUUCUUAUUCGGCCAAAUUGGACCGGGAACUGCAUUGAACAAUACAGCAAAUAACAGAGCUUUAGCAGACAUGGUUGUUUCCUAUUGGACCAACUUUGCCAAACAUGGCAAUCCCAAUGGCCAGGGGCUUCCUAUUUGGCCUACCUACAACCCAAUCACAGCUGAAUUUCUGAAUAUCAGCGUAACCCCGUCAACAGGAAGUCACGUGGCCGAGGACAGAAUGAGGUUUUGGAAUAAGUAUAUCCCAUCACUUUUAGAAUUAGGAGCUAGCGCCAUCGUGGGAAAAUAA